AUCACGUGUCGGGCUGGAUCCUGCCUAAUAGCUAAAUUUAAAGCUUCCCACAGCUGAAGCCUAAGAAUAGCACUUUUGACUUAAGUGGUCAAAGCUGAGAAGAUCGGAGGGGUAGAACGAGGACUGAAUGUAACUUUAAUCGGCUUUUCCCUCACCAAAAUCUUUCCUCUGCAGAAAUCACCACUAAAAUGGGGUUCCUAACGUUCCUCAUUGUACCCCUCCUUAUCUUGGGAAUCAGCGGUAUAGUCUAUAUAUACAGGGAAGUUGUACGGCUAAUGUCCAGAUCGGCACUUAAAAACAAAGUUGUUGUAAUCACCGACGCCAUUUCCGGAUUAGGGAAAGAAUGUUCCAGAGUGUUUCACUCGGCGGGAGCAAGGCUGGUUCUCUGCGGUAAAACCUGGGAGAAAUUAGAGGCGCUGCAUGAUGCUCUAAUCAGCGUGGCAGACCCUAGUGUGACAUUUACUCCCAAACUGGUUCUUCUUGAUAUCAGUGACAUAAACAACAUGGAAGCUAUGGGCAAGGAGAUCCAGGAUUGCUAUGGCUGCGUGGAUGUAUUAAUUAACAACGCCAGCAUGAAAAUGAAGGGACCCCUGCAAAGCGUAUCGUUGGAACUGGAUAAAAAGAUCAUGGACGCCAAUUAUUUUGGUCCCAUUACGUUAGUUAAAGCCAUCCUUCCCCAUAUGAUUUCAAGGCGAACGGGACAAAUUGUUCUGGUGAAUACCAUUCAGGGGAAGAUAGGAGUGCCAUUUCGGGCAGCAUACGCAGCCUCCAAGCAUGCCAUUCAGGGCUUCUUUGACUGCCUCCGGGCUGAAGUAGAAGAGUUUGAUGUCUCUGUGAGCACCGUUAGCCCUACAUUUAUCCGCUCCUAUCAUGUUCAGCCCCAGCCAGGAAACUGGGAGGCCUCCAUCUGGAAAUGGAUUUUCUAUCGUGUGGCCAUGGAAAGCCCUGCCUGUGUCGCAUCUAGAGGCCAAGGUACCGCAGCUCAUGGAGCGCCUACUUGUAAUGUGCAAGAGAAGGCCAAUGCAAUAUGGAAGUCUUGCCAUGCUUGUGAAAGGCUAGAAGUGCAAAGGGUUGGACUGAAGAACGUUAAUAAGGAUUGUUUGAAGAGUGUUCUCAUUUCAGACCAAGCGUGGUCUACAACCCUUGAUCAUAUGAAAGACUUUCUUCUUUGGAUAAAAGUGGUGCUCUCGAGAAUAUUGUUUUCCUCCACUGCUAAACUUAAGGGACUUCUUAAAUGUUUACCUCCAUUAUAUUUGUCUUUUGAAGAGGAGAAUGUGAGUGAUACUGGGAAUAUUUUGGAUGAAUUGAAUGAGAACCAAGCAAUGGCGUCGGGCUUUGACUUAAAGCUUAUUGACCACUUGGUUAAGGCAGUAAGGAAAGCUUUGGCGUUCAGCCCCCGAACACUGUCAAAAGAAAAGGCACAUAAGAUUUUUGGUAAAAAGUUUCAAAAAGCUCAAAUGUUUCCUUUUCAUCCGGUUGUGAAGGAUUUGAUCAUCACAGAAUGGAAAAGACCGGAAAAGAGUGUGUUUAUUUCUCCAAAAUUUACACGUAUGUAUCCCCUUGACACAACGAAUAUACUAGCUUGGGAAGUUCCCAAGGUUGAUGAAGCGAUACUGAAAAUUGUGGUUAAAACAGUAAAUCUGGUUGAAGACAGCAUAUCUUUUAAAGAUACUAUGGAGCGCAUGAUAGACUCAGCCUUGAAAAGAUCAUAUCAGGCAGGUUUAGCUUCUUUCCGACCCGCUAUAGCCAUGACCUCUGUCUCAAGGGCAAUGAAAAUAUGGCUAAAACACCUUGAAUAUGCAGUAGUUAGCGGUGUAAAGCGAUGUAGACUAUUGGAAGCCAUGGAUGAGCUAAAAUUGGCUACAGAGUUCCUCUCAGAAGCCUCACUUGACCUAGUCAGGCUGAUAGCCCAGCACAUAGUCCUCUCAGUAGUGGCUAGAAGAAGACUUUGGCUAAGGGCCUGCUCAGCCAAAGGUGCUUUAAUAGAAGACAUAUGCAAACUGCCAUUUACAGGUGGCCUUCUGUUUGGAGCAAAGUUAGAUGAGAUCAUUAGAAAAACUUCCAGAGGAAAUAGGUUCUGUCUUACGGGCAAAAGCAAAAAAUGGUUUCGAUACCUCCAGAACAUCACCAGAGACAACAAAUAUGGCAGAUAUACUCAUUUCUAUCAUCCCGGGAGGCUUUCUAAUAGGCCCUCUUCCUGGCGUGGAGGCCAGAGCACUUUUACAAGAAGACCAGGAGUCAAGGAUGGUUUGCCUAGAUUCUCUUGCUUCAAAUCAUUGAAAAGAGAUCAAGCCAGCAUGUAGAUGCAAGGCUAAAGUGGAGCUACUUUUUUAAGAAUGAUGUGCUGACAAAAUUCCCUAAAGCAGUUUACCUUUUGGAUUUUGGAAACAGAAAAAAAAUGCAAUGAUUAAGCUU